AUGACGAAAUCUUCAUCAAGAAUAACUCAUUAUGAAGUCUUAAACAUAAACUCAGAUGCAACUUUACAAGAAAUCAAAAAAGCAUACAAACAAAAACUACUAAAUAUUCAUCCAGACAAAUCAUCCACACAAAUACUGCCCAUUUCAAUAACUACUAACGAUCUUACAUCUGUAUCAAUAAAUCAAAUCCAGCAAGCAUACAAAAUCCUAUCAAAUGAAUCUACAAGAGAACAAUAUGAUGAAGAGUUAUUAGAAACAUUCAAAAAAUUAGGAUAUCAUAAUCAUGGUGAUGGAUUAGAUGAAUUUUCAUUGGAUGAUUUUACAUUCGACGAGACAACUUGUAAUUAUAAUAUGAAUUGUCCUCGUUGUAAAACAUUAAAUGGAUUCCAAUUUAAUGAGGAUUCCCUUGAUGAAUUUGCAAAUACAAACAUCAAUACAAAUACGAAUACAAACGGAGGUUCAUCGGCAUUCCAAGUCUUGGCCCAAUGUAAUUCAUGUAGUUUAUGGUUGAAAGUUAAUUUUGCUAUUGCUAGUGAAGACGAAAACGAAGACGAAAACGAAGACGAAGAAUAA